AUGACAUGGACUGAAGCUCAGAGCUACUGCAGAGCAAACCACACAGACCUGGCCAGUGUGAGAAACACGGUGGAAAACCAGAGGGUAACACAGGUGAUAUCUUCAACACCAGAAGUGUGGAUCGGCCUUUUCAGAGACUCCUGGAAGUGGUCAGAUGGAAGUAACUCCUCAUUUAGGUACUGGAUCACAGGUGAACCUAAUGGGGGCACAGAGAACUGUGUGGCAGCAAACUUCAACAACUCUGGAAAAUGGGAGGACCAGCACUGUGGUCAGAGGAGAGCAUUUAUCUGCUACAGUCCACCUGUCUCAAAGAAAGUGGUGAGAGUGAGGCUCAUGAAGAAAAGCUCCUCUCUGGAUCUGAAUGACCCUGCUGUGAUGGAAGACAUCUUGAGGGAGCUCAAACAGAAGCUGAAGGACAAGGGAGUGGACGGAGACGUCAAACUGAGCUGGAGGAAGCAGUCGGAUGGAAAGGUCUUCCACAAGGAAAAGGAGACUGAGAAGAAAACCACUAAGAAAAGAGAUGAGCUUUAAUGUUUGAAUUCUGUCAGUUUCCAUGAAAGAUUUUCUUUUUCUUUAUCUUUAGAAUAGUAAUGUUUUGUUGAAAAACAUAUUUUACUGUUAACUUUCUGUGAUUUGUGUGAUUAUCUUGAAUUAUUAUCACAUCCUAUUUUUCCGAUAUCCCCCUUGUAGGAAUGUAAACUGUAAGAUUUAUCAUCUUUCAUGUUGUGAUUGCAUAAGUGAGCAGUGCUUUGAGCUACAUGCUAAUAUCAACAUGCUAACAUGCUUGCAAUGGAAAAGGUAAAAUGCAACGUACAUGUCUGUUGAGCCUGGAUGUUGAUUUCGAGGGUGAUUGUUUCUUCUUUUGUUAAAUUGCACUUAGUUCUGACAUCAAAGUCAGAAUUCUGAGAUCAAAGGAUGUGUUUGGAACCGCCUACAAACGUAGACCCUGGACUAAGCUGGUGAGCUAAGGUAAACCAGUUGGCCCCAAAUCUCUGAAAAAGUUGGAUCAGAUUGGACAGAUUGGAAAGUAAAAAUCUUAUUUGGUCAUAGUCUCACGUUAAAAAUAUAAAAACUUUCUAAAAUGCCAGAUAAGCAGUCAUGUUGGGAAAAACAAGUUUUUAGCCUGUUCUGAAAUCACAGCCACUUGUCACUGUUGCCGCCGGCUGGUGUGAAAUGCAUUCUGGGAUACUGGUAGUAUACUUCAGUGUGAACGGUCAGUUUACUUAAUCAUUUAUUUAAUAAGUAGUAUAACCUUAAAUUAAUGAAACCUGCCUGAAAUUCAUUCACACAGAAGCACAAUCUCAGAUUGUACAAUCAUUAUUUUCUUCAUGAUGAUAAGUUAAAACAAAAUGUUACCUAUUGUAACUGUAAGUCAAAUAAACU